AUGCCCUGUUUGCAUGAAGCUGGAUUUUAUACGGUAGAAUCGGUUGUCUACGCGCCGAGGAAAAAACUGCUCGAUAUAAAGGGUAUAUCUGAAGCUAAGGCAGAGAAGAUCCAGGUGGAGGGGUUCAAGCUUGUCCCAACAGGGUUCACCACAGCUACAGAGAUGCAUCUCAAAAGAUCACAAAUGAUUCAAAUCACAACAGGAUCUCGUGAGCUGGAUAAACUAUUGAACGGAGGUAUUGAGACUGGAUCUGUUACUGAGAUGUUUGGAGAGUUUAGAACUGGAAAAUCUCAGCUGUGUCACACCCUGGCUGUAACAUGCCAGCUACCUAUAGAUAACGGAGGAGCUGAAGGGAAAUGUUUGUAUAUAGAUACAGAAGGAACAUUCAGGUAUUUCCCUUUCUUCAAUUGGAAAUAGAGGAUUCUGAAAGGU